CUCUGCCCUGGCGCACCGCACUGGAGUGAGGGGGGGGGCUCGCCCCGGCUUCGCACGCCCGGGGCCGGGGCGCCCUCUUCCCUCUGCUGCCGAGUGCGGCUGGAGGAUGCUCCAGACCUUGUAUGACUACUUCUGGUGGGAACGGCUGUGGCUGCCCGUGAACUUAACCUGGGCCGACCUAGAAGACCGAGAUGGACGUGUCUACGCCAAAGCCUCAGACCUCUACAUCACACUACCCCUGGCCUUGCUCUUCCUCAUUGUGCGCUACUUCUUUGAGCUUUAUGUGGCUACACCACUGGCCGCCCUCCUGAACAUCAAGGAGAAAACCCGGCUGCGGGCACCCCCCAACCCCACCUUGGAGCAUUUCUACCUGACUGGCGGCAAGCAGCCUAAACAGGCUGAGGUGGAGCUCCUGUCACGGAAGAGUGGGCUCUCCGGCCGCCAGGUAGAGCGCUGGUUCCGGCGCCGCCGCAACCAGGACCGGCCCAGUCUCCUCAAGAAGUUCCGAGAAGCCAGCUGGAGAUUCACCUUCUACCUGAUUGCUUUCGUUGCUGGCAUGGCCGUCAUUGUGGACAAACCGUGGUUCUAUGACCUGAAGAAGGUUUGGGAGGGAUAUCCCAUACAGAGCACCGUCCCUUCCCAGUACUGGUACUACAUGAUUGAACUUUCUUUCUACUGGUCCCUGCUCUUCAGCAUUGCCUCUGACGUCAAGAGAAAGGAUUUCAAGGAGCAGGUCAUCCACCACGUGGCUACCAUCAUCCUCAUCAGCUUCUCCUGGUUUGCCAAUUACAUCCGAGCAGGGACCCUGAUCAUGGCCCUGCACGACUCUUCCGACUACCUGCUGGAGUCGGCCAAGAUGUUUAACUAUGCGGGAUGGAAAAACACCUGCAACAACAUCUUCAUCGUCUUCGCCGUUGUCUUCAUCAUCACCCGGCUGGUCAUCCUGCCCUUCUGGAUUCUGCACUGCACCGUGGUGUACCCCUUGGAGCUCUACCCCGCCUUCUUCGGCUACUACUUCUUCAAUUCCAUGAUGGGGGUGCUGCAGCUGCUACACAUCUUCUGGGCCUACCUCAUCCUGCGCAUGGCCCACAAGUUCAUAACUGGAAAGCUGGUAGAAGAUGAACGCAGUGACCCUGAGGAAACCGAGAGCUCAGAGGGGGAGGAGGCAGUAGCAGGGGGAGGAGCCAAGAGCCGGCCCCUAGCCAACGGCCACCCUGUCCUCAGCAACAGCCAUCGUAAGAAGGACUGA